CAUAGUCAUAGUGUUUUCGUCUUGUUUGCAAAUAGUUACCAACAAAAUUUGAAAAGCAGCUUGUGUCAUCGUGUUAAAGUCGACUCAUGGCUAUAGCUGAAUUGAUUCUUGUACGUGGUCGGAUCCACUCCUGGUCACGGAUAAACGGACUAACGCGCGGAGUGACCGCGUACUGCUGGCGAUUUCCCGAACGACGCCGUGCAACAGUUAAAGGGAAGCUACUUGUCGAAAGGGAAACAAUCGGCAUAGAACAUGAAAGUCGUUGUUUUGCUGGUGAAACGAUGAGCAACCGACGCGAAUUUUCUAACCCAUAUCCAGAUUAUCAUGGCGAAAAAUUGCUGGACGAUGCUGGCAAGAUGGAUGAAGCCUUUGCGGAGAAAGUGCGUUGUAGCAUCCAGGAUCUGAUGACUAGACUACAAGGGGGCAUUCGGCAAACAAUUAAGAAAGAUGAUUACUCAAUAUAUACUGGCCAGACUGGGUUUGCAUUGUUGUUCCUACAACUUUAUGAAAAGUUUGGCCAUGCAGAGGAACGUCAGCACUUUCUUGAAACAGCAGCUGUAUAUUUGAAACCAGCUUUGAAGCAUUUGAAAUCUGGUGUACAUUCCUUCUUGUGUGGAGAUGCUGGUGUGCUGGCUGUGGCAGCUGUAGUUCAUGCAAAGCUUGGUGAUUCCAAAACAAGCAAAGAAUGUGUAGAGAGACUGGAGUCAUUGCAGGAACAUGUCUGCAAGGAUCGAAAAAUGCCUAAUGAACACUUGUAUGGGCGAGCUGGCUACCUUGCAGCUGUAAUGUUUGUGCAGAAACAUCUUGGUGCUGACAGUAUCAAGAAAGAAGUCAUCGUCAGUGUGACGAAAGCAAUACUCUAUUCUGGCAAGACAUUGUCACAAAAGGAGAAAUGGCAGCAUCCACUGAUGUACUCAUGGUAUGACCAGUACUAUUUGGGAGCAGCACAUGGCUUGGCUGGCAUUUUCUACACACUGCUUUUGGUUAAAGAACCAGAAGUUCGGCCGCACAUUGAAUCACUGGUGCAGCCAUGCAUAGACUUCAUGCUUUCUCUUCGAUUCCCGUCAGGCAACUAUCCAGCUGUUGUAGGUGACAGCGAUGAUCGCCUGGUGCACUGGUGCCAUGGGGCGCCAGGCUGGGUAGCCAUGUUUGCUCUAGCCUACCAGACUUACAAGAAAAAGGAGUACCUAGAUGCAGCAGAGGAAUGUGGUAAUGUAGUAUGGAAACGUGGUUUGCUGAAGAAAGGUUAUGGCCUUUGUCAUGGAGCAGCAGGCAAUGCCUAUGCCUUCCUUACACUGUUCCAUCUCACACAUGACAAGAAAUACUUGUAUAGGGCCUGCAAGUUUGCAGAGUGGUGUUUUGAUUAUGGAAAACAUGGCUGUAGAAUACCAGAUACUCCCUUCUCAAUGUUUGAAGGCAUGGCUGGGACAAUUUACUUCUUGGUAGAUCUGCUAGACCCAAUGAGUGCCCGGUUCCCUUGUUUUGAGUACUGAAACAAAGGGCUGAAUUUUUGUUUUAUUUUGACUGUCUCGUAAAAUUUACGGUUACUCUUACACUGUGAGAGAGAGAGUAAUGUGUCCGUGUCAAUGUUUCUCUGUUUUGUGUAAGUAAUAAUUGAAUUUAUAUGUAAAGGGCAUUAUCCCAUAUGGAUAAAAGUACAAAAGACUACAAACAGACAGCUAACAAUAUAAGAAUUAUAAGCAUAUUUUGUGUAUGGGUCAUGGAGAUGCUGGAUGAGUAUUGCCAUCAGAAUAACUUGGUUGCACUUAAUGUUUGCACAUCCCUAGAUGCAUUCAUUUGCCAUCGCGAUGUUUUUAAUUAUAACAUGAAUUACAAAUAAAAGUUUUAGAGAUGAA